AUGACAUGUUUUUACCUCGCAGGAACCACUGCACAGGGACUCUGGCUGCUGCAGGAGGUCCUAGGCGAGAUGGAAGACAAGGAACAUCAUGCGCAGGUGGUCGAAAUCAUGCGGGAAAGGCUGACGCCGGAAUCAGGCUUCAUUGGACCACAAGAGGUGACUUCCCAUAUUUGGUUCUGGAACCGACUGAACGAACACGGGCUCACCGAAAAGGACUUGAGAUCGCAAGCUCACGAGGCCUUUCCGUUUCGAGGCGAUCAUGUUCCAGACCCGAAGGGAGAGUUUCCUCCUCGAGCAUGGACCCUGAUGUGGCACGACACUUACAGUAACCUGUAUGGGGAGUGGAUCCCCGGGGAACUGCGGAGCUGGGGAUACGUCUUCUGGGACGCGGGGCGAUUGGAGACAGAAGCACAAGAGGUACUACUAUGGCGUUGGAAAAGGUCCUUCGAUGAAGACUGGGAUCCGCGGGACGAGUAUGACCUUGCUGAUGUCAGAGCCAUCCGAUGA